AUGUCACUGAGCGAUCUUUAUCGGCCGCGUCAAUCCUCUCUGAGUAGCAGUGACAGUACCGUAUCCGCUGUUGUUGCACCAUUUGUUGUGUGGAAGCCGAAACAGCGCGUUCACUAUCAAAAUGAAAUGCCAGGAUAUGUGCAAAACAAAAAUAAAACCUCCAACAACAGUGAUUAUUUUUACAAAACAAUCGACAUAAAACCCAGAUCAGCUUCCAUACCAAGACUACAAAUAACCCCUAGCAGUUCAAAUACACCGUCCUACAAUCAAUCCGUACACGCGAAACGCCUCGCACGUACACCCUGUGAUCAGUGCGGCUAUCAUAACGUGCCCAUUAUGGCACAUCCCAUCUCACCGCUAGUGCGUUCACAAACAAAUCUGGAGCUUAUAAGCACCGGUAAUGCACGACAAGCUUUGCUGCCGACCAUUCCUCAGUCGAGUAAUGGCAAAGAUUCAGAGAGAGGCGAAAAGAAUGCAAUGUUGAAUAGCAACAGCACGAGCGUGCAAACAUUACAAGUAUCACGACGGCCAUCGUUGCUGCUGCAGGAUAUAUUGACGCGUCGAACGUCAACGCUCUUUCGUGGCAAAAAGGAGAUCAAUGGACAUACAUCGAAGAGUCCUUACGGUCGGUCACUUGCGGAUACCGCAGCCGGUUCCAUGGUCACCAUCAAUACGCACGGAGAUGCAGAGAAUCAGCAGUUUGCCGCGAAACAGUUUAAGGACAAAAACCGUCGCAAGGGCAAUGAUGCAUUGAGUUCUGCUCUUUCGGCUUUUUAUUGUAAAAUUCUAGUUUUAAUGGGCGUUUGUUUACCCAUCACAGAAGUGAUCUCACAUCAGAUACCCAACUAUGUGUAUCAAGGAUUCUAUGUUUACUUGUAUGCGGGAAGCAUACUUUUUGUUGCUUUCCUAUAUGCGACCACGCUGCGCAAUCGUACGCUUUUUAAUGCGCUGAAAAAUUUUCACGAGACGAACAAUAAUGUUCAUUUGAAACACAAAGUCACUCAUUUUGGCAGUUUUUAUCUUCGUGUCGGCGCUAUUUCUUUUGCCAUCGGCACUAUGGUUUACUCGGGUCUAGAGUUCGGCCAGUACUUCGAAUUGAACGGCAAACCCGGUUGUGCGGAUAUUUUUAUCGCAAUAACACCAAUUUUACGUAUGCUACUCGCCAUCGUACAGAUACAAUUUAUAUUCCUCAACACAACAUACUUGGAUAUGGCACGUCAUAAGGUCACCUGCCGUUUUGGCUUAAUGCAUAUGGUUGCCACAAAUCUAUGCGAGUGGCUGUACGUCUUGGUGGAGGAAACCAAACACGAGAUCUAUCACAUUAGUCAACAUGAUAACGAAAAAACCGAUCCAAUAUUCACUUCCGGCCCACAUGGCGGUAUAGAUUGGAGUGCCGUCAAUGAAUCUCUACAAAUUACGCCGCACACCACGAAAAGCGUAAACAUGACCACCGCAACUACUAUACAAAAUGCGCUUAUCAAUUCUACAGGGCAGGUGACUGUCGGUUGCACGCGUACCAACAUUAUGGGUGCUUUGGUGCAAGAGGUAGCACCAUUCCUAUUUCCUUGCACUAUCGAAUACUCACUCAUUUGCGCUGUGAUACUCUAUGAGAUGUGGAAGACUGUACGCUCCAUUUCAGAUAUAGAUCGAUCGCGUAAGAGCUCUGUUAAGCCGACACAUCAAAAGCCCGCGCAUCAUUUUUCUGUUGAUUGUUCGCAGUCGCACAAGGGACUCUUCUUCGGCAUACUCAUGAUCGUGAUGACUAUUAUAGCAAUGAUUAUGUACUUUGUGUUGUACACACAACCGGGCUAUGAAAUGAUCGCUACGCAAGAAGUCACCAUUUGGGAAACCAUUACACACUUCAUUUGUAUUACAGCCAUAAUUACAGGUAUGAUCCUGAUACGUGACCUGAGAUACGUACAAAACUCCAGUGACGAUCACCAUUCUAUGGAGCUGGACAAUCAUUUGUUAAUUGUGGCUCAAACUGGCGUCUACCUUUAUGGCAUGUUCAGCAUAUUGGGCAGUUAUUUCUCCAAAUGGGAUGCGGUGACGGAUAGAAUCGAAGGCAUGGUUGCUGAGAUCCUGAGUUUGGCGGAGACUUCGCUGCAGACAAUGUUCAUCCUGCACGCUAGCCAUAGACGUUGCAAGGGCUCUAAACAGGCACGUCGCAAGCCGGGUCGCGAAAUCGUCACCUUCUUACUAGUGGCCAAUAUUGCAAUUUGGUUCAUCAAUACUCUAAUCAAAGGCCGUGCAGUUUUUCGAGAGACAAAUCUGGUGUUCUUUGGCGUUUGGGGUUGGACCAUCAUUACACAUAUAUCCAUGCCACUGGCUAUAUUUUAUCGCUUCCACUCAACAAUAUGUCUUUUCGAAGUGUGGAAAAUCACUUACAAAGCCAAAGCGCAUUGAAAAUGCGAAUUUUUGCAUUACUUUACAAAGACAUUCAUUCGCCAAUACGAA